UCAUGUAAAAACUUCCAAAAAAUUCCAUCAAGAAAGCUGUUAUAUUUAAUCAUUUCCUCCCUCAAACCCCUCAAUCAGCAACUACUAAGAAACAUGGUCCAAUUCACAGAGAGAGAGAGAGAGAGGGAAAGAGGAAGAGAAGUGACUGUUAAAGAUGUGUGAAUUCAUAAGUUAGCUUAUAAAAGUAGUGCUUCAGCUGGUGAGGUCGCCUUUUGAGUUCAGUUUCGGGAAAAAGAAAGUGUGGCUCUUUCAGGAUUCUCGCUAUAAACACCCCAGGAAUGACAGAAUCCUAGGAGUUCGCCAAACUGUCAAUCCAGAAGUGCUCACCAUUUGAGUUCUGCCCGAAAGGCAAUUUCGCGGAGAGGAUGUUGCUUAGCUAUGACCCAAACGACAGCGAAGCCGGCCUGAAGCUUCUGGAGGAUCUCACCACGGAUGCAAAUCAGAUUCAGGGACAGGUGUUGAAGGAGAUCCUGAUGCAGAAUGCUCGGACGGAUUACCUCAGCAGCUUCCUGGACGGCCAUGUCGAUAAGGAACUCUUCAAGAAGAAAGUGCCCGUGGUGAAUUAUGAGGACGUCAAGCCAUACAUCGAGAGGAUCGCCAAUGGGGAACGAUCCGAUAUCAUUUCAUCCCAACCGAUCACUGAGCUAUUGACCAGCUCGGGAACCUCAGGCGGGCAGCCUAAAAUGAUGCCUUCAACUGCAGAAGACCUGGAUCGAAAGACAUUCUUUUACAACCUCCUCGUGCCCGUGAUGAACAAGUAUGUCGAUGGAUUGGACCAAGGAAAGGGGAUGUACCUUCUAUUUAUCAAGCCAGAGAUCAGUACUCCCUCCGGUUUAAAGGCAAGACCCGUCUUGACGAGUUACUACAAGAGCAACAACUUCAGGAAUAGGCCUUACAACAGGUACAAUGUAUACACUAGCCCUGAUGAGACUAUUUUGUGUUCCGACAGCAAACAAAGCAUGUACUGCCAAUUGCUUUGUGGAUUGGUACAACGGGACGAGGUUCGUAGAGUGGGGGCGGUAUUCGCAUCCGCUUUCUUGAGGGCCAUCAAGUUCUUGGAAGACUAUUGGAAAGAAUUGUGUUCAAACAUCAGAACAGGUCAAAUCAGUGAUUGGAUCACAGACCCGGGUUGCAGGAGCUCUGUCUCCUCGAUCCUCAGAAAGCCUGAUCCGGAUUUAGCCAAUUCAAUUGAGAAAGAGUGCGUAGGAGAAUCUUGGGAAGGCAUAAUUAAGAGGAUCUGGCCUAGAACAAAGUACAUUGAGGUCAUAGUUACAGGCUCUAUGGCCCAAUACAUCCCAACUCUUGAGUUUUACAGUGGUGGGCUCCCUCUGAUCUCCACAAUGUAUGCCUCUUCAGAGUGCUUCUUCGGGAUCAACUUCAAGCCACUAAGUAAGCCUUCGGAUGUCUCGUACACCCUCCUACCAAACAUGGCCUACUUUGAGUUCUUGCCUGUAGAGAAAAGCCACAGCGAAACGACUGAAGAGGCUCAAUGCAACGGCAAUUCUGGUUCACAUUCUGUAAAAGAGACCGUUGAUCUCGUGGAUGUGAAGCUCGGUCAGUAUUAUGAGCUCAUAGUCACAACCUUUACGGGCCUAUACAGGUAUAGGGUUGGCGACAUCCUAAUGGUGACCGGAUUCUACAACAAUGCCCCCCAGUUCCGGUUCGUGCAACGGCAGAAUGUCGUCCUGAGCAUCGACACUGACAAGACCAGCGAGGAGGACCUGCUCAAGGCAGUCACGGAAGCAAAGAAGCUGCUGGAGCCACUCGGGUUCCUGCUGACCGAGUACACGAGCUACCCCGACACAUCAUCACUGCCGGGCCGCUACGUGCUCUUUUGGGAGCUCAAGGCCAAGGGCAACAACAUUGUCAUCAACGAGCUCAAGGGGCUCAGCGGUGAGAUCAUGGAGGAGUGUUGCUCAAGGGUCGAGGAGUCGCUGGACUACGUGUACCGGCGGUGCCGGGCCAAGGACAAGUCAAUCGGGGCAUUGGAGAUUAGGGUGGUGAGGCACGGGACAUUUGAUGCGCUGAUGGACUACUGUUUGUCACAGGGGUCCUCAGUGAACCAGUACAAGACGCCCAGGUGCAUAAAAUCGGAUGAUGCCCUAAAGAUCUUGGACUCGAGGGUGACGGGGAGGUUCUUCAGCAAGAAGGUCCCUUUCUGGGAGCCUUACAAGAUGGAGGGUUAUGCCGCCAAGUGACGAGUUGCUUCCCGGUUCUUCGUGCUUGUUUGGCAGGUUUCACAGGUUCUCCUGCUAAUGCCUGACGAGGACACCUGAGAAACGAUUACGCGGUAGUGAGAGUUUUAUCAUUUUUUUUCCCUCUUCUCGACUCUCCUUUCCUAAUUCGAUAUUGGUCUGUUGUUGGGUGUGGCUUGUUGCCCCAAGAACACUCUCUGUCAUGUUGAUGUGAUGAUUUUGUACCAGCACUCUCUCUCCCUGCACAAUUGCUGGAUUUGUAACGAACUUAAUUUGACUAGAUAUUAACAUGUGUUUUUCU